AUGCAAAACAGAAAUAUUAGUUAUUGGAUCAAAAAGUGUGUGAUUCAAUCGAUUUCGAUUGUAAUCCUAAUGAAAAUAAUAGCUUGGCCGUCUAUUUCCGAAGCAUAUCCAAUUUUUGCACAACAGGCAUAUGAAGAUCCUCGAGAAGCAACCGGCCGUAUUGUAUGUGCUAAUUGUCAUUUAGCUAAAAAACCAGUGGAUAUUGAAGUUCCUCAAUCUGUAUUACCAGAUACAGUAUUUGAAGCUGUUGUUAAAAUUCCUUACGACAUGCAAAUAAAACAAGUUCUUGCUAAUGGUAAAAAAGGAGCGUUAAAUGUAGGAGCUGUUCUUAUUUUACCAAAAGGAUUUGAAUUAGCACCUGCAGAUCGUAUUCCUCCUGAAAUGAAAGAAAAAAUAGGUAAUCUUUAUUUUCAACCUUAUAGUUCGGAUAAAAAAAAUAUUCUUGUAAUAGGUCCUGUUCCUGGUAAAAAGUAUAGUGAAAUGGUUUUUCCUAUUCUUUCGCCAGAUCCUGCUGUUAAUAAAGAAGCUAAUUUUUUAAAAUAUCCAAUAUAUUUAGGAGCUAAUAGAGGUAGAGGACAAAUUUAUCCUGAUGGAAGUAAGAGUAAUAAUACUGUUUAUAAUGCAUCAGCUGCAGGUACAGUAAGCAAAAUUUUCCGUAAAGAAAAAGGUGGUUAUGAAAUAACUAUUGAUACUCAAGAUGGACGUCAAAUUGUUGAUAUUGUACCGGCAGGACCAGAACUUAUUAUUUCAGAAGGUGAGUUAAUUAAAGCGGAUCAACCUUUAACAAAUAACCCUAAUGUGGGUGGCUUUGGUCAAGGAGAUGCAGAAAUAGUACUUCAAGAUCCAUUACGUGUUCAAAGUCUUUUAGUAUUUUUUGUUUCUGUUACAUUAGCACAAAUUUUCUUAGUACUUAAAAAGAAACAAUUUGAAAAAGUUCAAUUAGCAGAAAUGAAUUUUUAA